UGGAGAAGUCAUUAUCCAGCAGAAUGACAAUGCCAACGGCAUCCUGCAACUGUCAGCCAGCAGUGUCAUGGUUGAUGAGGAUGUCACUGGACCUUUCCUUAAUGUGACAAGAAGUGCAGGUGCAUUUGGAAGGGUAUCUGUCAGGUUCAGGACCACCCCAGGCACUGCCAGGCCUGAUGACUACAACAUCAUUGCCUCAGACAUCAUCCUGUCUGAUGGAGAGGUCACCAAGAUGGUUCCCAUAGAAAUCGUGGAUGACCUUGACCCUGAGCUGCAGGAGAUGUUUACUGUGGAACUGCUGCCAACAGGACUGACUGGAGGAGCUGUGCUGGGAAACAUCACCCAAACACUAGUCACCAUAGACAAGUCUGAUGACCCACAUGGUGUCUUUAGCUUUGAGGUCAACAGCCAUACUGUAGCUGAGCCAGACUCUGGAAGAACCAGUCUGCAGUUGACUGUUCUGAGAUCUGGUGGAGCAAUGGGAACAGUGACUGUGGACUGGACAGGGACAAUCAAUGGUAUUGCUGCCUCUGAUGACAUACAGCCAGUGUCCGGGGUACUGAACUUUGUCAGCAAUGAUCGGAGAGAAACAUUCAUGGUGGAAGUCCUGUCAGACAAUGUACCAGAAGAUGAUGAGGUGGUUGAAAUCACCCUGGUCAAGGCCACAGUGACCACAGAGGAUGGGGAAGAGGCCAACAUUGAUCCCAGUCAGGGUGUCUCGAGAAUCACCAUCCCAGCUAAUGACAACCCACAUGGUGUGGUGCAGUUUGCCUCCUCCAGCUACCGUGUGCAGGAAAGCCUCGCUGGAGAAAAUACAGCUUUGAUUAGAGUCAACAGAAGCUAUGGCACGUUUGGGGAUCUCAGCUUGUACUACAGCACUGGGAUGACUGACCUGAUAGAACUGGCUGGUCAGAUGGGCCGUACUGUGAUGAGUUACUUCCCCACUACUCUCCAAGGAAGCAUCACCAACGCUCCAACUACCUCUGUUGAUGUUUCUGGAGAAAGCAAUCCACUGGAGGCCUGUGCAAGAGUCUGUCUGCUGGAGAGGGCCUGCUCAUCCUUCCAGUACAGCUCUGCUGACAGGAACUGCUCCUGGAUGGUCGGUGUGGACAGCAGUCAAGUGGACACAACUGUCACUGGAACAGUCUACUAUCAAAAGGAUACUGUUGAUGCAAAUGAACUGUAUGCCAGCCAAGCACAGCCAGGUGUGGACUUUGUGUCCCAUCAAAGUGAUGUGAUCACAUUCCCUGGUGGACUGCCAUUCUUUGACAUCCCGAUCCAAAUCAUAAACGACACAGUUCCUGAGCUUGAUGAGUCCUUCCUUGUACAACUUCUGCGGGUGGAACUGGCUGGUGGGGCCGCCGCUGCCCCUGAAAAUAACCCACGCCUGGGAGACGUUGCUGUGACAACGGUUACCAUAGAGACCAAUGAUGCAGCCAAUGGCAUGUUUGCCAUCUACAGUAGUCGCCUGGGGCAAGAUACACAAAGUAUUGAAGUGGAUGAGACUUCUCAGUCUGUCGAGUUGGUGAUUGAACGAAUAG